AUCCAGGUCUACAUCCUUACAAAAUGGCCGACCAACGCAAAUCUGUCCGUGAAAUAAUGACGCAGAGCAUAGGUUUCUGUCCGAAAGAUGCACUAGGCUGGCUCUACGCCGCACGAGGCUACUACAAAACCCGUGACUACCACUCCGUCAUCGAAUGCGUCACGCCAGCCCUCCGCAACGACAGGACGAAACGAGAAGCGCAACAUCUCCUUGCUUUUAGCUUUCUGAAUACGGGGCAGCUGGAAGCCGCUGCUGGAGCAUUCUUCAAAAGCAUCAAUAAUGGAAAUGACACGGAUUGGCAGCCGUUGGUUGAGCUGCUGAUGGACAACGCUGGUCUGAAAUUGACAUGAGGGUGGGAUGCAUGGCUGGGUGCAAAUCGACAAGCAUUGUGAUGGAGCCGUUUUUGGCGCAAAGAAUGUCGCCCAGUACGUAGAUACUGUAUUUAUCCAAACACGAAUUAUGAUCGCUGCAUUGAUCGCAAGGCCUGUGUAUUCGCACUUUUGCUGCCGAGUUUGAAUCAGCCAGGUCACCAUCACCACCAACGUGCGAGAUAAAACAGAGAUAAUUACACAUCGACCGCAACGAUCGGUAUGGAUAUACAUAGCAUGGUAAAGAGGAGAGAACUACCUAAUGGAGACGGGGAAGGAAGGGUGUGGCGUCCAGGUGUUUUGUAUGGCAAGGUAUGGGGGGAUGGGGGAGGGGCUGAUUGAAAUGACCUGCUCUAGUGCAGACAGGAGAUAUUACAUUGCGUCGGCGAAGGGACCGCCCUUGCCUUCCUGUACAUGCGGGGUACACGGGAG